CACCAGUUGCUUGGCUUACUUUCAUUCUUCUGCCACUGUGAUGCUUUAUACGUCUUCAACCCAGUAAGAACAGAAUGCCAGCCCUUCGAUCCUCAUGUGCAACGCUGCGUACAAGAUGGAGAGAAGUGACCUCAAGACCCGCGCUGAAAUGGACAUUCUCGACACUAUUCUGGCUCCCAAUGGGCAUAUGCUUCACAGAAUUGCUGUAUACCGUCAAGUCCGUGACGGGCAGGAGCAUGCAGCCUACGCUCAAUCCUGACUCCUCUGUUUGGCAUGAUAUAGUGCUCUUCGACCCAUGGUCUGUGAAGGCUUUGCGAGAGUAUAAUAGAGGAGAUGUUGUCGCUAUAAAAUCGCCCUAUGAUUCAAAGCUUCUUGUUAAACGAAUCGUCGCACUCCACGGAGACAAGAUCAAGACCUUACCGUCAUACCCAGAUCCCGAAGUGAAAAUUCCAGAGGGGUACGCAUGGGUAGAAGGCGACGAGCCAUUCAAGUCAGAAGACAGUAAUCACUUUGGUCCAAUCCCACUAGCUCUGAUUGAUUCGAAGUUGACAUUCAUCGUCUGGCCAUGGAACCGCAUUGGUCCUCUACGAAAACCUUCUCUUCCAAAUCCCAAAGCUCAACGAGGCCCUGCCUGGCGUGCCUAGAAAGCCGAAGUUGAGAUCGAGUAACAGCUACCUCCGCUAAAAUAUCCGAAGCCACGUAUAGUAACCGCUGCUACAAUUCGCAAACUAUAUGUACGCUUCAAAUCUUUCAAGAUACGAUCAUCUGCAGUGAAAAGCUUUAGCGCUCUCGGUUACAUCUCGGCAACCUAAUGGUAUGCCGUUCGAAUGAUCAACGACCUCUAUCUUGCUGUUGUCCUUAUAUAGGCAACGGACGCCACAAUUUCACGUCUUGCUUUCGUUUC